CCCGCCUGGCCGGGCGCCGGAGCCCAGGGCGAGGCCAGGGCGGGGUCUCCAGCAGUCUUCUGCGGAUCCCGAGUGGAGCCGGCUGCCCGAGUGCGUGUGCCGAGCCCGUGGAGUCGCCACUCCCCGCCGCCGCCUGGGCCAGUCCGCUACCCUCCGUGUGGGCGCCGCCGGGAUGGGGGCCCGCGGGGAACGGGGCCAGCCGCGGGCCGGCCUCUGCCUGUUCCUGGCCUUGCUGCGGCUCCUGCCCCGGACACAGGCCGCUGAGCGAGCCUGGGGUGUUUUUCCCGAGGAAUUUCUCAGGAGCCCCCGCAAGGGUCCCGGGGGCCGCCGGACGGCAGACCCUGUGGAUGUGCUGAAGGUGCUGGGUGUGCGGGGGGGCCAGGCUGGGGUCCCCGAGGUGCCCGGCUUCUGCCCCCAGAGGCCUCCGGAGGGCGACCGGGCAUUCAGCGUGGGCAAGGCCAGCACACUAGGUGCCCCCACGUGGGAACUCUUUCCAGAUGGACACUUCCCUGAGAACUUCUCUGUGCUGAUCACUUUUCGGGCCCAACCAACCAACCAGUCUGUCCUUCUAUCCAUUUAUGACGAGGGUGGCGCCCGGCAGCUGGGACUGGUGCUGGGGCCAGGUCUGGGUCUCCUAGGUGGGCCCUUUAGACCCCUCCCCCAUCAGUUCAACCUCAUGGACGGCAGAUGGCACCGUGUGGCAGUCAGUGUGGAUGGCAGCACGGUGACCCUGGUGGCCGACUGUGAACCUCAGCCCCCUGUGUUGGGCCAGGGGCCUCGAUUCAUCAGCACAGGUGGACUCAUUGUGCUGGGGACCCAGGAUCUCGGGGAGGAGAGUUUCGAGGGAGACAUUCAGGAGCUGCUGAUAAGCCCAGAUCCUCAGGCUGCCUUCCAGGCCUGCGAGCAGUACCUUCCUGGCUGUGACCACCUGGCCCCGACAGCCACCGGGGUUCCCCGGGGUGAGCCAGAAACCCCUCCCCCUCAAAGGAAGAGGAAGGGAAAGGGGAAGAAAAAAGGGCGUGGUCGUAAGGGGAAGGGCAGGAAGAAGAAGAACAAGGAGACCUUGACCCUGGCUCCGUCCCUCGGCUCCCUGGAGAACCAGACCUCCACUGACAUCCCCAAGAUGGAGACAGCAGCUCCAACUCUGCCUCCAAUGCCCACGCCCCUGGUCGUCACCACCACUGUGACUAUUGGCCGCAAUGUCACUACCCUGGAGGAAGGGCUGGACCCUGACGGUGGAACUGAACCGGGGACCCUGGAGACUGAGUUAGCCAGAGAAGAAGAAGAAGGAGGUGGCUCCACCAUGGGCCCCGACUUCCGGGCAGCAGAACAGUCAUCACGAGCUCAGUUCCAGAUCUUUUCUGGCGCCAGAGAGAAGGGAGCCAAAGGAGAACCUGCAGUGAUUGAAGAGGGACAGCAGUUUGAGGGACCUCCAGGAGCCCCAGGACCCCGGGGGGUGGUCGGCCCCUCAGGCCCCCCUGGACCCCCAGGAUUCCUUGGGGACCCCGGUCCACCGGGCCCCGCCGGCCUCCCAGGCAUCCCUGGCAUCGACGGAGUCCGGGGCCUGCCGGGCACUGUGAUCAUGAUGCCGUUCCAGUUUGCAAGCGGCUCCCUCAAAGGACCCCCAGUCUCCUUCCAGCAGGCACAGGCUCAGGCAAUACUGCAACAGGCUCAGCUCUCUAUGACAGGCCCCCCUGGCCCGGUAGGGCUCACUGGGCGCCCAGGCCCCGUGGGCCUCCCUGGGUAUCCAGGUCUGAAAGGAGAGAUGGGAGAAAUGGGGCCACAGGGUCCCCGAGGCCUUCAGGGACCCGUCGGGCCCCCUGGCCGACAGGGCAAGAUGGGACGCUCUGGAGCAGAUGGGGCUCGGGGCCUCCCAGGAGACACAGGACCUAAGGGUGAUAGGGGCUUUGAUGGCCUUCCAGGGCUGCCUGGUGAGAAGGGCCAAAGGGGUGACUUUGGCCAUACAGGGCAACCUGGUCCCCCAGGAGAAGAUGGUGAGAGGGGAGCAGAGGGACCUCCAGGGCCCACCGGCCAGGCGGGGGAGCCGGGGCCCCGAGGACUGCUCGGCCCUAGAGGCUCCCCUGGCCCCCUGGGAAGCCCGGGUGCAGUUGGCAUCGAUGGCGCUCCAGGUGCCAAAGGAAACGUGGGUCCUCCAGGAGAACCAGGCCCCCCAGGACAGCAGGGAAAUCCUGGGUCCCAGGGAAUCCCUGGCCCCCAGGGACCCAUUGGCAUUCCUGGGGAGAAGGGUCUCCCUGGACACCCAGGAAUUCCAGGCCUCACAGGAUCUGAUGGCCCUCCGGGUCAUCCAGGCCAUGAGGGCCCCACAGGAGAGAAAGGAGCCCAGGGUCCACCAGGGUCAGCAGGCCCUCGGGGAUAUCCUGGACCUCGGGGUGUGAAGGGUACCUCUGGCAACAGGGGCCUUCAGGGGGAGAAAGGCGAGAAGGGAGAGGAUGGCUUCCCAGGCUUCAAGGGUGAUGGGGGGCUUAAAGGCGAUUGGGGACCCCCUGGGCCCCCAGGUCCCCGGGGAGACGAUGGUCCUGAAGGACUUAAAGGACAAGGAGGGCUGCCUGGUGAGGAAGGGCCCCCAGGCUCAGCAGGGGAGAAGGGCAAACUUGGGGUGCCAGGCCUCCCAGGUUACCCAGGACGUCCAGGCCCUAAGGGAUCUACUGGCCUUCCUGGUCCCCUGGGACCAUUAGGGGAGAAAGGAAAGCGGGGGAAGGCAGGGCAGCCUGGUCUGGAGGGAGAGCGGGGACCGCAAGGCUCCCGGGGAGAGAGGGGGCAACCAGGUGCCACAGGGCAACCAGGCCCCAAGGGUGAUGUAGGCCAGGAUGGAGCCCCUGGGACCCCUGGAGAAAAGGGCCUUCCAGGGCUACAAGGGCCCCCUGGAUUCCCUGGGCCAAAGGGGCCCCCUGGCCCCCAGGGGAAAGAUGGGCGACCUGGGCACCCUGGACAGAGAGGAGACUUGGGCUUUCAAGGUCAAACAGGCCCACCUGGUCCAGCUGGUGUCGUGGGUCCUCAGGGAAAGACAGGAGAAGCAGGACCUCUAGGUGAGCGGGGGCCCCCAGGCCCACCUGGACCUCCUGGUGAACAAGGUCUUCCAGGACUGGAGGGCAGAGAGGGGGCCAAGGGGGACCUGGGGCCAAUGGGAGCCCUUGGGAAGGAAGGGCCACCUGGACCUGUGGGCUUCCCUGGCCCCAAAGGAGCCCCAGGGGACCCUGGACCUAUCGGUUUGAAGGGUGACAGAGGCCCCCCGGGCCCCACUGGGGCCAAUGGCUCCCCUGGGGAGCGUGGGCCUGUGGGCUCAGCAGGAGGCAUCGGGCUUCCUGGUCAAAGUGGAAGCCCAGGCCCUGUUGGCUCUACAGGAGAGAAGGGGUCCCCGGGUGAACGUGGUCCCCCUGGUCCCACUGGCCAAGAUGGGAUCCCAGGGCCCCUGGGGCUUCCUGGGCCCCCUGGAGCUGCCGGACCUUCUGGGGAGGAAGGGUACAAGGGGGAGGUGGGCACCCCUGGGCACAAGGGGAGCAAAGGUGAUAAGGGGGAUGCGGGCCCACCUGGACCAGCAGGGAUACGGGGUCCUGCGGGACACCCAGGUUCCCCGGGAGCAGACGGGGCUCAGGGACGCCGGGGACCCCCGGGCCUCUUUGGGCAGAAAGGAGAUGAUGGAGUGAGAGGCUUCGUGGGGGUGAUUGGCCCCCCUGGCCUUCAGGGACUGCCAGGCCCUCCUGGAGAAAAAGGGGAGGUCGGAGACGUGGGGUCCAUGGGUCCCCCUGGAGCUCCAGGUCCUCGGGGUCCCCCUGGCCCUAGUGGAUCAGAGGGCUCCCCAGGGCCACCCGGAGGAGUCGGUCAGCCGGGCGCUGUGGGCGAGAAGGGUGAGCCAGGAGAGGCUGGAGACCCCGGGCCCCCAGGAGCCUCAGGCAUCCUUGGGCCCAAGGGAGAAGUUGGCGAAAAGGGGGACUCAGGCCCACCUGGGGCUGCAGGACCCCCAGGCAAGAAGGGCCCCCCUGGGGAGGAUGGAGCCAAAGGGAACGUGGGCCCCACAGGGCUCCCAGGAGAUCCAGGACCCCCUGGGGACCCUGGCGUUUCGGGUCUAGAUGGUUCUCCAGGGGAAAGAGGAGAUCCUGGUGAUGUUGGAGGACCCGGCCCGCCUGGAGCUUCUGGGGAGCCUGGCCCCCCUGGGCCCCCUGGCAAGAGGGGUCCUCCUGGCCAAAUGGGACGAGAAGGUAGAGAAGGGGAGAAAGGUGCCAAGGGGGAGCCAGGUCCUGACGGGCCCAUAGGGAGGACAGGUCCUCUGGGGGCUCAAGGGCCCCCUGGACGUGUUGGGCCUGAGGGUCUUCGGGGGAUCCCUGGCCCUGUGGGUGAACCAGGCCUCCUGGGACCUCCUGGACAGAUGGGUCCUCCUGGCCCCAUGGGGCCCUCUGGCCUCCCAGGGCUGAAGGGAGAGGCUGGCCUCAAGGGGGAAAAGGGCCACAUCGGAUUAAUCGGCCUCAUCGGCCCCCCUGGGGAGGCCGGUGAGAAAGGGGAUCAGGGGCUGCCAGGCGUGCAGGGCCCUCCUGGCCCCAAGGGGGAGCCUGGUCCCCCUGGUUCCAUUGGCCCUUCAGGGCCCCCUGGGCCCCCAGGUGUGGCGGGCCCGCUGGGACAGAAAGGCUCAAAGGGGGUGCCGGGAUCCCUUGGCCCCCGUGGUGACACCGGCCCCCCAGGUCCCCCAGGCCCCCCGGGUCUCCCUGCGGAGAUACACGGAGUCCGGCGCCGGCGCUCCGUCUCCGGCAGGGGAGCGCUGGAGGCCCCGGAGGGCGGCCUGGAGGAGGUACUGGCUUCUCUCCUGUCGCUGAGCUUUGAGCUGGAGCAGCUGCGGAGCCCUCCCGGCACCGCUGAGCGUCCGGGUCUUGUGUGCGGUGAACUACACCGAAACCACCCGCACCUGCCAGAUGGGGAAUACUGGAUUGACCCCAACCAGGGCUGUGCGCGAGACGCGCUCAGGGUUUUCUGCAACUUCACGGCAGGAGGAGAGACCUGCCUCUACCCCGACAAAAAGUUUGAGACCGUGAAACUGGCUUCCUGGUCCAGGGAAAAGCCGGGCAGCUGGUAUAGCACAUUCCGUCGAGGGAAGAAGUUCUCCUAUGUGGACGCUGAUGGGUCCCCGGUGAACGUGGUGCAGCUGACCUUCCUGAAGUUGCUGAGCGCCACAGCCCGCCAGAGCUUUACCUACUCCUGCCAGAACGCUGCUGCCUGGCUGGAUGAAGCUGCCGGCGACCAUGGCCACUCCCUUCGCUUCCUUGGCACCAAUGGAGAGGAGCUGUCCUUCAACCAGACAGCGGCAGCCACCGUUACUGUCCCCUCUGAUGGCUGCCGGCUCCGGAAGGGACAGGCGAAGACCCUCCUGGAGUUCAGCUCUUCCCGAGCCGGGUUUCUGCCCCUGUGGGACGUGUCGGCCACUGACUUUGGCCAGACGAACCAGAAGUUUGGGUUUGAACUGGGCCCUGUCUGCUUCAGCAGCUGAGAAGUCUUGAGGGUGGGCAGGACCACGAGGGAGCCCCGGAUGGGGCACAUUUGGUGCUGAGGCUUUGAAGCCACCCUAUUUAUCAUCUCCUGUGACUGAAGAGCCAGGGGAAAGUCUGCUCAGCAUGGUCCAACAGUGCUCCUUCUCCAUCCCAGGGGGCUGUGGCGGGACUCCAUGGACCCAAGAGCCCCGCCUCUUUGCUGCAACCGCACCCCUGCUGGAAUGAAUGUACUCUGCCUCCUUCUCCCCUCCGUGCCCAUUCAGUCUGCACCUGCCCACCCCCGAUCGCCCAAGCAAUGAACUCAUUCACAGCUGAUGACUGCUCCCCACGCCUGCCUUCCCUUCCUCAGUCAGUGCCCCCAACAGCCUUUGGUGCUACCCUUCCCGAUAGUUAAGCACUGGACGUCUCCUGAUCCCAGGCUGAGACCCCUUCACUCCUUCCUGUUUUCAGGUGGGUUCAGAGCGAAGGAACUGAAGUCAGACUACAGAGGGAAGUGGGACUUCCCUGGACUGAGCUGUGUGUUCCUUUGGCUGCUCCAGCUCAGCUCUGCAUACUGGCCCCCUCAUGUCUCCCCUAAUGUACCUUACCAUGCCAGAUGGCUUGGAGGCCAAGAUAUGGGGUAAAUCAGGAUCCCAAUGGUGCUGCCCUAUUUAUAUCUGGGUCUGUAUUAAAAGGGAAAACCCCCUCUGUUGUAUAUUUAAUCUGCUUCCUCCUUAUGGAAGGCUGGGACAUGAUGAAAGAGAUUCUAGCAUGACCCCCUCCCCACCCCAGGGCAUAAUUGGCAUCUCAAGUCUGAGAAUAAACCAGUGAACUGUG